GGGAAUUUGCAGAGUUGUGCCAGGCCCCAGGCACGGAAGAGGGAGAGAGCCAAGCCAGUGGACGUGUGAGCAGAGCUCCGGGCUGGAAUGCACCAGCUCAGCAAGGGAUUGUCCUCCCUGGGCCAGGCAGGCGCUGUGCCCUGAGCUUGGUGCCCUGAUUGCUGCCCGGGCCAUGGCGGCAGCAGACAGCUCCCCGGCCGCCCUCCGGCGCCGCGACCUGUGCAGCCGCGGCAUCCGCCUGGCUGGGAAGAUGCGCUCGGAUGUCAUUGACCUCCUGGAUGCCUACAUGGAGCAGCAGGGCUUGGACGCCUCAGCCAGCGUGGCCGCGGUGGAGGGGGUGCCAGCAGCAGCGGCAGAGCACUGGGAUGAGCAGACAGGGACCCAGCGGCUGCUGGAGAACCUGGCAGCAUACCGGACCUUCCGGGCCCUGCUGGCCCAGAUGCUGGAGGAGCAGCGGGAGCAGCUGGGCGACACUGAUGCUGCCCUGGGCCGGGCGCUGGCGGCCGUCCUGCUGCAGGUCUCAGCAUUCAUCUACCACCUUGAGGAGCUGCUGCGGCUGGAAAGCCGCAGCCCCCCCAGUGAGGAAGGACCCGGUUCCCCCCCAGCCCCGCACCUCAGCCUCUUUGAGAGGAAGCUGCGGGGCCUGGGCGUGCUGCGGGAGCUGGCCCAGUGGGCUGUCAGGUCUGCUCGGGACCUGCGGCAGCUCGCCAAGGCCAGCCCAGGCAGCAGCUUGGCCCCCAGCCCAGCUGAGAGCCCCUGA